AUGUCCAUCGGAGAAAGUGAUAUAUACGAAGUAGAAUAUAUUAUCGCGAAAAAGUACUCCGGAGGAAGGCCAACGUACUUGGUGAAAUGGAAAGGUUAUGACGACAGUAAAAAUACAUGGGAACCAUUCGAAAAUGUGACAUUGGAUGGUCAAACAACUAUUAUUGAUGAAUUUGAGGAUAGAAGAAAGGAAAUUCAAUCGAGGCUGAAAUCAAUUAGGCGUGAAAAGGAAGAACAAAUACAAUCAAGAGCAAAGUUGGCAGCUACAAACUCUUCGGAACCGAUUAAAAUCAAUAAGAGACAAAUUUUAGAUGACGAUGCUGACAAGGAUAAAGAGAAUACAGAAAAUUUGAAAAACUCUGCAUUGGAAGCCUCAUCAUCAAGCAAUAAUAGUACUAACGUUACUAAUAACACUUCGGAAGAGACAAGCUCAACAAAAAAGAGAAAAUUAAUUUUGGACGAUGAUGAGGAUGACAAAUCAAGUGCAGAAACAAAACCAUCACAAAUGACAGCAAAAUAUAUUUCAAGUAUUGACACCAAUCCUCUUUCUAAGGCAAGAAAAAAGAAUCCCGAGGAGUGCAGUACAGGCGCCAGCCAGCCUCCUUUCCGAAUUCAGAAAAAGAAAAUUUUACCUCCAUCAUCUUCAUCUGUUAGUGUCAAGCCUUCCCUUAUUUCAGGAUCUAGUUCGCAAAUUUUACCUCCAGUGCUAUCGUCCUCACUCGUUUCACAAUCUUCUUCAUCAUCCAUUCCUCCUACACAGCCCUUGAGUCAUUUGCCUCUGCCACCAACUAAUCCUCCAUCGACAGAUAACGCUCGUACUGUAAAUAGAACAUUGUCACAUUCUCCUCCUUCAGAUCCAAGAUUAAGGUUUUUUCCAAAGCUUGCCACUGAAGCGUGCGUUGGAACAAAUCUUGCUCCCUCAACAACAAGUACAUCCAUGCCACCACCCCAAGUAACCAACCACAACGGUACUCAGGACACAAUACCAAAUAAUCAGAAUCCACCACCUUCUGCUUCAAGCUCUGCCACCCAAACCAUUCAACCUGUUGUGGGAGGUAUUGCCGCUUUCUUAAGCCAGCACAAGGAUGACAGUACUUUCUCAAAAAGCAAGAGAAGAAAAGCACCCGCACAAUUGCAGAUCUACCCAGAGUUCAAAGAACGUGACAUUGCUCUUAAAAUCGCCUCCACGUCAGGUCCUGUUUCUCCAACGGACUUGUCACGACGAGCAACCACUGAUUAUGGUGCAGUGGGUUCCUCUCGCUCUAGCUCCUUAGUUUCUCCUAAUACUCCACCUGUGCCUUAUAAUCCUCAAAACUCUAAACAACCAACAACAACGUUAGGUCCUGUCUCUCCAACUGAUCCAAGAGGUCAAUCUGUCCAAAGAAUGCCAAGCAGCAGAAAUAUUACUGGACCAAUUUCUCCCACUGAUCCCAUGAGAGCCGAAUUCCCCUCACCACCAACAAAUUCCCCUCCAGUUCUUUCUCGUGACACAAGAAAACUUGCUAGCUAUCCACCAACUUCUUCCAACACGCCAGUCACACAACCAGUUGAUAUCAGCAAAGAAAGGCCAUCUGAUUCGGUUGAGAAACCUAGUGACAUCAGUAAAUCCAAUACAGAAAGACCACCGAUUCGGAACGGCCCAAUUUCUCCAAGUUCCAUUGUCCCAAACUCAACAACACCCUUUAAACCUCCUACUUCCAGACCAAUGAUCGCUGGGCCAAUUUCUCCAAGUGAUCCAAAUAGGUCUACUGUCAUUGCCAAAUCAAAUUCAGAUAAAACACCCUCCACGACAACACCUCAAUCGUCACCUCAAACACCAUCUGUGCCAUUUAACAGACCUCCAUCUUCAUACAGAAGCGGGCCAAUAUCUCCAAGUGACACAAGAAGACAAGAAGAUCGCUUCCAGAGAAAAGAGCAAGGCUAUCAUGAGAGAAGCUAUGAACAAAAAUCUGGUUACUACUCAAGCAGCAAUUAUUAUUCAGGAAGUAGCAAAGAGUACUACUCAUCAAGUAGUAGCAGACCAUAUUACGAAAAAUCCUCUGACAGAUAUCAUAGCCCAUCUUUGUCUUAUGAAAAGCGACAAAGCCAUUCAUAUAUCGAUACUACCAAGAGUUACAAACCAAGUCUGAUAGACACCUCCCAUAAUAAUGAACGAAGUCAAAGCUCUAGUGCUCCUCCAACUCUCACAAAUUCUCCAUCCAGUUCUGCGAGUAGCCUUGAUUCACUACGAUCUAACGAAACAGAGGGUCCAUUGCACGUAGUCGAGUCAGAUAUUGAAUUGACUGACGGCGUUAACUUGAAAAUUAGUAAUUUACAUAUUCAAGCAUUUGUUAAGGGAACAAGAGAUCCAAAGUUCACGCCCAAUAUUAAUGUUGAUGGUACAGCAAAAUGGGACUUUGAAAAUCAUGGAAGAAACGCCAUCAGAUGCUUCAUAACCAGCCAAGAACCUAAUGAUCUUCCCUCACUUGACAAGCAAGCAUCUGAUUUGAAAAAGAAUAAGAACGCGUUUCGUGCCAAGUGGGAUCUUGAUGGAAGACGAUACAAAGUGUUCAUUUAUCCUUCUUGUCGAGAGGUCAGAAGUGCAUUCUCAAUGAAUCCACCUGACUUUCCACUUAUUGGAGAACCUCAUUUUGUUGCGUUACUUCAGAGCAAGACUUCCAAUAGUAACAGUAGUAGUAGUAGUAUUAGUACGGAAAUGGUAGAAACCAAAAGAUUUGACUCUAAUGCCUUGUCUCGAAGCAGAGAACACGAACAACCCAUCGUCAUUGAUAAUUCACCCAAUCUCGACAACCGCACGGUUCAAGUUCUAAAAUCUUUACACAAUGAAUUGUGUUCACUCCAACAAAAAACAACUUCCAGUGGAAUGUCUCCUCCCUUGGCGACCAACAUCACUUCAAGACAACACAAAAUUCUCUCUCAAUCGAAAAAGAUGAAGGAUGCAUGUAACGACAUUUUGAAUUUGUUAUUCAAAGGAAAUAUCCCAAAAGAGAGCACAACCACUACAUCCUCAAAUGCCAACAUUUUGGAAAACAUGGAAGAUCACAUUCGAGAAUUGUUGCAUCUCGAUUUGGAUCAGUUAAAAGACACCAUUGAGUUGGUCAAUCAAGGAGAGUACAAUCGAAGUCGGCUUGGAGAAUUGAGAGUCAAUGAACUCAAAGACGUCAUGGGUGAGAUAUUUCUGAAAUGA